UUUGCUACAAUAGGACAUCUUGCUGAAAAGUUAAGGAAACCUUUUUGGAAAGUUCUAAAUGAUGAUCCAGGAAAUGUUUUUGUUAUUUAUUCAGUUGCUAUAGGAACUAUGCCUUUUCCUUCCUGUUGGGGUGCUCUAUUUUUCUUAACGCUCUUAUGCUUAGGCUUGGAUUCUGAGAUAAAAUUGGUGGCAACUUUAAUAUCUGCUUUAAAAGAAGCGUAUACAUACUAUAUAAAACAGAGAUUUCAAGGGCAUUCUAUGUUUUUAGCUGUGAUAUGUGGUUUUUGUUUUGUUGCUUCAAUACCUUAUUUGACUCAGGCUGGGAUAUUUUUCUUCCAACUUAUUGAUCAUUACAUUGCAGUUAUUGCUACAUGUGUUGUUGCAUUACUUGAAGUUAGUACCCUCAGUUGGCUCUAUGGUGCGAGUAAUCUUUCUUCUUGCAUACGGCAAAUGACCGGAAAGAGUCCAUCCUAUUUUUAUCAGUUUUCGUGGAUGAUAUUAAGUCCCCUUACUAUAUUGGCAACAUUGAUUUACAGCUUGAUAAAAAUGAGCGGAACUGUAGUUAGAAAAGGCUACCGCUAUCCUCCUUGGGCACAUGUAAUGGGAUGGAUUUUAGUUGGUCUUACUCUUUGUUGGAUUCCAUUCCUUGCAAUUGCAGCAUAUAGAAAGACUCCAAAAUCACAUUUAGUUAGUAGAUUAACUGCUGCAAUCCAGCCUCGGAUACGAAGUCAGUCUGAAUCCAUGUGGGAACCAAAACCAGUUAUUAUACUUAAUGGAUCAACAGUUACAGCUUCAGAAUUUCCUGAUUAUAAGCUGCCAGAAUUGCCAACAGUACCAAAUUCAGUACAAACAUAUGUAGAAAAACACUCAGCUUUGCGUCAAAAUGCCGAAAGUGCCUUUUAAGUGUAAUUUAUGGGUAUGCUUUUAAAUUUCAGUGAUUGCAUUUUUUAUGUAUUUAUUUUAAGUUUUUAUACCUAAAGAUGUGGUUUUAGAUGUUUUUAGAAAUGCUAUUAGCAAUGAGAGAUGUUUUAGAUUAUUUAUAGCUUUGUUUACAUAGAGUUACUUAGUUAAAAUAUCCAACAGCUAAUCAUAUAAAAUCCUGCAAUGUUAUGAAGAAAAAGUCAAAAAAUAUUAUUGACAUAAUGAAAUAUUAUGACCAAUUCAUGCAAUAGAUAUUAAUUAGCUACUCAAAGAAAUAGUUGUUAGUCAUAAAAAUAAAAUAAAGGUUAGCUGUAGUUAAAUGAUGGUGUCAAACAUCUCAUCAUAUAUUGCCAAAAGGCUGGUUGCUAAAUAUUAUUUUACUUUAUCAAUUAAUAACCUCAAUUCUAAUUAAAAAAAAAUAGGUCUUGUCUGUGGCUGUCUCAUGUCCAGGAGACCCCAUAACACUACAGCCUUGAAAUUUGGUACAGAAUUAGUUCGGACUAUUCCCAGUGAUGACCAGCUUGGAGCGUUUUAAAUGAUUAGUUUUUUGAAAUUAAUAUUUUAAGCUGAAGCAUUGUAUGAAAUGCCUAAUUAGAGGCAAAGGAAUCUUUCAUGAAUUAAAUUUUCGUGAACACUCCUAUUUAAAUGAUUUAAAUUCUGUAGAAAUAAUAGUUCUGCUUGAAAUACAGUCUGAAAAUUCGUACACAAAUUAGCAAUAUUUGAUACCCCAUCAUUCCUGUACCCAGUGGCGUAGCUAUGGAGGGGCAGUCAGCCUCGGGCGGUACUUUCACUUUUGAUGCGAAAAAAUUUAACACUUUGUUCUUCUGGAUUUCUCAGCAUUAUAUUGUUAGUUUUUUCUCUUCCUUCAUCUGAAGCUACUGACUGAGAGCGGCGUCACAUUUUUUGGGAAGAGCAACCGAACCUUCCUAUCCCUUAACGUCACCAAACAGCUAAAAAGUGCAGUUUUAGGCCUUGAGUCUCGAAACAUUUCCAAGGGAUAACACCCACUCCAUCUUCUUACAUCUCAUCUACAUGAUUUUCAAAUAGUCCAAUAAGUAGUGGCAUAAGUUGAGCAACAGGUACAUCUUUAAUCUAAUGUUGCAAAAAUGUUUAUGUAUUGACACUAUAAGUUAUAAUGGUUCUUUAAAUCUGUGAUAAAUAUGUUAUGUAUAUAAGUGUAUUUAGAAGCAUUUAUAUUUUAAGUGUUUCCUAUCAAUAAAAUGUUUCAA